UGUAACUUCCUCUUCACCACACAAACACAUUUCAAUUUCAAUUUCAAUUUCAAUUUCAAUUUCAAUUUCAAUUUCAAUUUCAAUCCCUUUGCAAUUUUCACCAGUUACGUUUCCAGAUCCAGAUGGCUCGUACAAAGCAAACCGCCAGAAAAUCCACCGGAGGCAAGGCGCCGAGGAAGCAGCUAGCAACCAAGGCCGCCCGCAAAUCUGCCCCUGCCACCGGCGGCGUGAAGAAGCCCCACCGUUUCAGACCUGGAACCGUCGCUCUGAGGGAGAUCCGUAAGUACCAGAAGAGCACUGAGCUUCUCAUCAGGAAGCUUCCAUUCCAGAGGCUGGUCAGAGAGAUCGCUCAGGAUUUCAAGACCGAUCUCCGAUUCCAGAGCAGCGCCGUCUCCGCUCUGCAAGAGGCUGCCGAGGCGUACCUGGUUGGGCUUUUUGAGGAUACCAACCUCUGUGCGAUUCAUGCUAAGAGGGUGACCAUCAUGCCGAAGGAUAUUCAGCUUGCUCGUAGGAUUAGGGGUGAAAGGGCUUAGGGUUUGUUGAAGAAAAAUUUGGGGAAACAAUGUUGAUUAAAUUCCUAGGGUUUAUCUUCUAUUGUAAUUUGAUCCGAAUGCGAAAUGUCUUGUUUCAUUGCAAUUCGUUGUAGAUCUUAUUUUCCCAUCAAUUCAAGAACUGUGCAAUCAAAUGCAACACCGUCUGUUCAAAUUGGCAA